UGUUGUUUUUGGAUGAUUCAACAUCAACGAAAGAGACGUUUCCCUUUGCCGCCGGCGAUCGCUAAAUCUUUCCGGUCUCGCAAUCUUUAAGGUAAGGAGGGGUUUAUAAGGCUCUUUCAGUAUCAUCUUGAACAUGACAGGUAGAAACCGUAUGACACGUCAGCCUCAUGUUUACAGAGGGGGCGUCCAUAGAGAUUCUCGACAUGGUUUGCAUCAUGGACCAGGACCUAUUCCUGUUCAUCAUCCCUCUUCAUUAGAAGAAGAACUUGAAAUCCGACAAAGAGAACUUCAAAGGAUUGUAGCUGAGAAUAGACAUUUAAUUGACGCAAAUGUUAUUAUUCAGAGGGAACUAGCAGCUGAUAAGGAUGAGAUCCAUGCAUUGAGUCACGUGAUUCCAAAAAUCAGAGCAGAUGGUGAGGCUCAGGCUAGGGAGUUGAUAGAGAGAAGAAUAAAGCUUGAAGCUCAACUUCGUGCUGUUGAACCUCUUCGUAGUGAUGUUAUGCAGCUUAGGGCAGAAGCCCAGAAUUUAAAUGGAAUUCGACGAGAACUGACUAAUCAAAUUGAUACACUUACUAAGGACUUGAAUCAUUUAAAAUCCGAGAGUAAACAAGUGUCUGCUCUUAAUUCUCAUUACGAUGAGCUGCAGAAAGAGCUGAUGGAAGCCAGGAGAGCACAUGAAUAUGAAAAGAAGGCAAAUGAGGAGCAAAUGAACCAAAAGCAAGCAAUGGAGAAAAACAUCAUCUCCAUGUCUCGUGAAAUAGAAAGGCUUCGAGCAGAGCAACUAAACGCUGAAAAUAAGCUUCGACUUGGUGCUGGUGGUUAUGGAAAUUUCAAUGGAAGCUCUUAUGGUGACAUGUAUGGUUCGAGCAGCAGCAGGGCUGGUUUAUAUGAGAAGUAUGGUAUUGACCGUCGCUAAUGUCCUUGGUAUGUGUCUUGUUUUCACUUUAAAGCUUCUUUCUUUUCUUUUGGGGUUAAAGCUUUAGUCGAAUUUUGAACUAAGAUGUUCGAUGUUCUUGUCAUAUAUUUUGUAAAACAGUUAACUAUUGUAUGCCCAGGAAAAGUUGGGAACUGUUUAUAUAGAGACUUGUUUAAACUUGGUAGAUUUCUUUUCAUUUUUCUCGAAUAAAUCGAGAGCAUUUUGUAGAACACCUUGCAGUCAUGUAUGUAUAGAGUUCGAAAGAUAACUUUUAGUUCUAAU